GCUUUCUUCCUCCCUCAUCACCUCACCGUCUAAAACCAGCCGUCUCCACCCAUACUACUCCAUAUAUACACACUAUUCUUCUUCUUCUUCUUCUUCCUCUACUACUAAUACUAUGCUCUUUUCAUUCUUCCAUCAGCUUCAGAUUCUCGUUCCCUUUGUUUGACGCCGGAAGACACUACUACUGCCUUUUCUUGCCCUGUCUUAACACUUAACAAACCCAUGGUGAGCCCGAUUGUGCAAAUGCGAAACAACGAGGAGAUGGGACCUCCGUGGUUGAAACCAAUGCUGAAAGCUGAUUACUUCGUCCCCUGUGCGCUUCAUUUGGAUUCCAAUAAAAGUGAAUGCAAUAUGUUCUGCUUGGACUGCAUGGGGAAUGCCUUUUGCUCUUACUGUUUAGUCCAACACAAGGACCAUCGCCUGCUUCAGAUAAGGCGGUCUUCAUAUCACAAUGUGGUUAGGGUGAAUGAAAUUCAAAAGUAUAUAGACAUAUCUUGCAUUCAGACAUAUGUAAUCAACAGCGCCAAGAUUGUGUUCCUCAAUGAACGGCCGCAGCCCAGACCGGGGAAGGGAGUCACCUACACUUGUGAAAUCUGCGCCAGAGGCCUUCCCGACUCCUUCAGAUUCUGUUCACUUGGCUGCAAGCUGAAUGGCAUGAAGAGAGGCGAUACAGAGCUCACAUUUAACUUGAAGGUUAAACACAACAGGGAAGUGUUCCAUGAUGAGUCGGAUUCAGACGAAUCAUCCACACCAAGGAAGAUUCAUAGGGCCAACAUUUUCAACCGAUUCUCAUUGGACGGACCUACAUUUUCAUCGUAUGGUGGUCUAAUUGAGAGGUUGUCCGGUUCUAGUAGUUCAGGAGAUGAUGAGGGUGGGCACAGCCUCUCCCCUGCCACUCCUCCAUUAUUCAAUCACACCAACUCCAGCAGGAGGAAGGGCAUUCCACACCGUGCUCCAUUUUGAUCACAUCAAUGGGGGGAAUGCGAAUGAAUGCCGAUAAAGAAAGUUAAGGUUGUCAAUACAAAGAAAGGUUUGAUGCUUUGAAGUUUAAAAGUUAGUUGUUAUUGUGAAAAAGGAAAGAAGCACACGACAUAAAAUUAUUUUAGUGGAGCAAGAAAAUAAGAAUGUAUACGUUUGUAUAGUAUAUAGUAUAUAGUUGGGUAUCUUGUGUACAUAUAUAUAUACAUACAUUUAGCGCUUGUGGAACAGCCUAAUAGUUUGAAAGAUGAGUUGAAUUGGAGGGAUACUACACAUGCAUAUAACAAUACGAGCAAGCAUGCAUAUAUAUUGAAGUUGAGAGAGGUAUUUUUAAUAUAUAAUUUGUAGACAGAAGAGUGGUAUUUGUAAGUUGCACACGUGUUUUCAAAUUUGGAUAAGAAUUGAGGACAAAUGAAAUGGGGUAUGAAAGAGUGAGGACAAGUGUGUGCUAAUAUGGAGUGUAGAUGAUUGAAACUCAUCAACUGGUGCAGUUGUUAGCUAACAGGUGAUGAAGAUGAUGGAGACAUUGAUUUAUGUGAGGUUUAGUAUGGGAAUAUGAUGGAGUAUAUAAAUAAAUGUCGUAAUUUGGGUGGUGCAAACUCAUGGGAAUUUGAUGUCAAAAGAAGAAGGUUAGGGGGGACACGGAACACCCCCACCAUGGACAGGGACUUGGACUUGGACUUGAAGAAGCGUCAGCACCCUCCCUCUUUUGUCCUAAGCUUAUUUAUUUAUUAAUGUGAAGAUGUUAC